AUGGAGCAUGUUUGUGUAGUCGCUAAAAGAGGAUACGUUCUUAUCGCGAAGAAAGGCGUGGAUAGCAAUGAAAGGCAUACACAAUACGAAACUCCUCCACCACAGCGAAGCGAUCCGGUAGUGACAGAUCAGACGACUGAUUCUAUGACAGCGCUACUUCUGCAGCAUCGACAGGAAGAAAGAACGAUGAGUGGCGGUACAGCAGCUACGGGCGGAUUGUUAGCAGCCUCGUCCACUGACGGCUCGCCUAUCCCACCAAGCCUCGUCGAGAACGCCGAAAAGCCUUACCCGCAAUUCAAAGCCCCUCCGAAAGGAUCAGCUUUGCGGUACAUCAAUUAUUUCAUUCAAGCAAUUGCUAUCAUUAAUCCGCUCCUCUUAUUCAAGGCCCUUGGGCGGAUGAUUCUACAACGAACCGGUGUGCCUAUAACACAUUACGAACCGCUCACUGCUCUACAGUUGCUCUGCGAAGAAAUGAGAUAUUCGAAGUUACUCGAUCGGGCUUGUACAAAAACCACGGCGGAAGAGAGAAUGGUUUAUGUGGCCGCCUUUGCUGUGUCCCCAUAUCCGAACUCGACUGGACGCUUCCGCAAGUUUUUCAAUCCACUCCUUGGGGAGACGUACGAGUAUGAGCAAGAAGAUUUCAAGUAUCACGGCGAG